AUGUCGUCAAUUAAGCGAACAUUGCACACAAAUUUUGAGGAGGUUACAUGGGCAAAAUUGAAGUCUGCUAUUUAUGCUAUAUUCUUGAAGCAACCCGACUCUUGUGAUUUGGAAAAGCUUUAUCAGGCUGUCAGUGAUCUUUUCAUAUAUAAAAUGGCUGAAAAUCUUUAUCAGCAAAUUGAAAUGGAAUGUGAAGCACAUGUAUCUAUAGCUUUGCAGUCUUUGGUUGGACAAAGCCCAGAUUUGGUUGUUUUCUUAUCUCUAGUUGAGAGAUGUUGGCAGGAUCUUUGUGACCAAAUGUUGAUGAUUCGGGGUAUAGCCUUGUAUCUGGAUAGGACAUAUGUGAAGCAAACAGCAAAUGUACGGUCCUUAUGGGACAUGGGCUUACAACUUUUCCACUAACAUCUUUCAUUGUCUCCUGAAGUUUAACACAAAACUAUUAUCGGUCUUCUAAGAAUGAUUGAAAGUGAAAGAUUAGGUGAAGCAGUGGAUAGAACGCUUCUAAACCAUCUUUUGAAGAUGUUCACAGCACUAGGAAUAUAUGCAGAAAGCUUCGAGAAGCCAUUUCUUGAAUGCACAUCUGAAUUUUAUGCUGCUCAAGGUAUGAAAUACAUGUAGCAAUCAGAUGUUCCAGAUU